UGAGCCGAGUAAAUUAUAAAAAUUGCAAAUCAGAAUGUAAAAUUUUGUAUCAAGUUCAUCUUUAAUAUAUGUAGCUUUCAUCAAUAGUAGGUAAUGUAAUACUGCUUUAUUUAUGUUCUGUACUUUGACUUGCGUCCGAGAAAUUCGUCAAAAUAUUUAUAAGCGUUAGCUCUCAGUUCUCACGAAACGAUCAGUCUUAUAUCAGUGUAUCUGACGGUAUUAGUCGGCAUAGUUAUACGGUUAUACAUUUAAGAUAUAUUUUCACUGCAACACUAUAUAUAGAAUGUGUUGCAAUAUCGCAUCAUAAUAACCAACACACCGCAACCACAAGGCAAUGUUGACGUUUAUUGUUCGCGGGAUAUUUGUCUUCAGCGUGGUGAGCUGGUAUAGCGCCAUCGUUUGGCAGAUAAUCGACGGUUACUUCCAGGACCAGUUUCGCGCUUACUUGCAGGAGGAGUACCGCAAGCAUCCGCGGAUCAAAGCCGACGUCGAGAGCGCCGGGGCUGUCGAUAAGGGGCCGGUUCCGUGCGCGUUGCCAGCCGAGCCAGGUCUUGUGAGCCACGGCUGCACCGAUGCGGAGACCUACGGUUCCAACGCGGCGACGGCGGCGUGCCCGGCCGACAUCGCAGACGCCUGUCCUCCGCGUGCAGAAGUGCAGGUUCCGAGCGAGAAGCCGGAGGAAGCGGUGGCAGGUGGCACCAGCGAAUUCACGGCCGCCGUAGGCGCCGGUACCAUCGAUAAAAAUGCAUUCCCGGCGAACGCGGCCCGAUUGGCGCAGGAGGAAAGUAGGAAACCGAGCGACAACGACACGCGCGAUAAAGAACGGCGACCGGGUGCCAUCAAUCAGGACGGCGACCGCGAGGAGGACGCGAUCGAGGGGAGCAGCGUACGUCCGUCCGCCGCGUCGUCCCCGCGUCGCGCCGAGAAACCGCGACGUCGCCUCGACAAGAGGGGAUUAUCGCGUGCCUCGAAGGAGGUCUCGAGGGAGAUAUCGCGGGCAAAGCCGAGGAAUCGAAGAGUGAACACGCACGUCCGGACGGACGUCGAUUUCGCCGCCGCGAGGACCGGCGGCGACGGCGGCGGCGACGACGAUUUCUCGGAGUUCGAGGAAGAGGAGAGGGAUCGCAGGGUCCGCAGGGAAGGGAUCCCCGUGUCGGAGCUGCCAUUUAAGCCCAAGGCAGACAUCGGUGACUUAGACCGGGUCACUGCGGAAGAGUUUUGUCCCCUGACCUUGGAGGACGAGGCUUCCUGCGGGGAAACCGCCGCGUGGCCGUGACUGACGUGCACCGUCACGGUGAAAUUGGAAGUAUUAGAUCGCACGGAAAAAAGUUACGCGCGCAUUAACAGCGGGACAUCGAAGAAGGGCUUAGGAACAUGCUGAGAAAGCAGAGGUAGUGAACUGCAACUGUUAUUAGAAUAAAUCUGUUCAAUUAGUUUCGCGGCUUUAUUAAGGACGAUGAUGAUAGAUGUGGUAUGAAGACGUUUUAGAUUCUUUCACGUUUUUUGUCGGUUGCAUUGCGAUUUAUUUAGUUCACAACUUGAGUAGGAUGAGAUAAGGCUAUGACUUGUAAUUGUAGUUUUAAUAUAAAACAAUGUAAUUACUACUUUUAAUUAGAUAGGAUUAAAUCUUUCUCGAUUAAAUAUUACUAAUAUUUUUAUGUUAAGAUUUUAUUUUUCUAAGUCUAUAUAAAAUAUACAUGUAUUUGGC